AUGAGGUCUUCCAAGGCAAAUGGGAGCAUACAGAAGGCAGGCAGAGUUAGCCAUGGCCAGGGAGAAGGAGCAAGCUGGGUUCUUGUCGCAGGAGGUGUUCUGCUGAGCACACUUUCAGUCAGACUCGGAUGCAAACUCAAGCAAAUGUUUGAUAUGAAGAAACAAAACAGUAGCACCUCUAAAGCCAAAAGAAGAUCUGGAGCAUGUGGACUGCACUCAAACCUGUACCGGUUUAAUGACCAGACCAAUUGCCACUGUUGUGUUUCAGAUGGUGGAGUGGAAUUCAAGCAUGCACCUGCAAGUUCCUUAUCAAAACCAGAUGAAUCCUCCCUUCCUCUUGCAAAGAUACCAGGGUCAGAAUCAAGCAAAGAGAAUAGUGGCGUCAUGUGGACAUCAUCACCUGACCGGCUUGAAGAUCCUCGUAGACCAUUCCAGUACUCAAACAGUUCUGGCUCUCCCUGUGUUUCAGAAUCAGGAUCUGACAUUUAUAGCAAGCGAGAGGUCAUACAGAAGUUGAGACAGCACCUCAAGAGACGUGAUGAGAUGAUCAUGGAGAUGCAAGCACAGAUAGCUGAUCUUAAGAAUUCUCUCAGCAUCCAGGAGACGCAGACCUCCAACUUGCAGUCUCAGCUGGAUGGUGCUAACCGGGAUCUGUUCGAAUCUGAGAGAGAGAUUCAACAGUUAAGGAAGAUCAUUGCAGAUCACUGUGUCGCAGAAGCACUCUCUCACGACAAGCCUUUGCAAGCUGGACAUUGGCAAUCAGAUGCCACCAAUGGGCAUGCUAAUGGCUAUGCUGAUAGCAGUAUCGAUGACCCUGAGCUGCAUUGCAUUGGUAUUGAGAAGAGAAACGGCGAGGCAGAGAGGGUGGAGAUGCUCAAGAGAGAGGUUGGUGAGCUGAAGGAAGUCAUAGAAGGGAAGGACUUCCUGCUUCAGAGUUACAAGGAGCAGAAGGUGGAACUCUGCUCGAAGAUGAGAGAAUUGCAGGAAAGGCUCUCAGCACAAGUGCCGAACAUCUUGUAGGGUCUACUCAACAACCUUGCUACAAGUUACAAAUGGCGCAGAUAUACUUCAUGUGGGCAAAGGGUUUUGCAGGACAAGAUUUCGUCAUAAAUGCCGACCAUCUUGCUAUCUUCUUCGCAGAAUGUUAGGGUGAUUUAUUUUCUUCCGUUUUAGUUUUUGCCCUUUGGUUGCUUGGUGUUAAAAGAAGGGCUUAGUUUUUGUAGUUGCUAGGCCUAGGUAGCUCAGCAUCAUGAACUUGGAUGCUUAAAGUGUUGUACAGGCUUUUCGGGGUUUUCGAUUGUGUAAUGUGCCUCCUCUUUUAGCUCAGUGUGGUUUUGAUUAGAAUGUCACUUUGAAUAUGUGGAUGAUGACAUCUCUGAAGUUUGUUUCAGUACACCCA